AUGCCGGAGUCUCGUUCGUUAUCGGAAUUAACCAGACAAAUCGCUCCACCAACUAAGAACGGCCAUGCACCACCACCCACAGAAUCGAGAAAGAGCUAUCAAUCUGUCAAUCCUUUCCGUGUCCGGGCCGGACUUUGGUUUCCCGGACGCUGCCCGGCGGGUCAUGGGAAUAACGCCGCCGGAUCGCUAGUCGGCAUCGUUUAUGGUCGGAACUACGACGCUGGUGCAUCCAGGUUGCCCCAGUGCCGCUGGUCGUACAGCGGGCUACGUCUGGGUCGCCCCAGUGCCGCUGCGAAAAUCAGCGGGCUGCGUCCGGGGGAGAGCCUUAAGCAACGCAGCUUCGCCGCUGCCCUACACAUCCGAGAACUUAUAAGGGCGACGGAGAGACAGGGUUUGAGAAAUCACACGACCUUCUGCGGGCACCGCUGCUUAGCCGGGGGUCAGGAGGCGCGCUCUGGGCUCCGAGCGGAGCACGCACCACCCCCUGCCCGCCUGCAGUGGGCCGACAGUGUAGAGCCGCUGGGGGAGACGGGGCGUCUCGGUCUCGCUACCGACAGGACGGCCGCGGGCUGGGACGGAGAGAGCGGGGGCAGACAGCCCCCGCGGAACGCCCGUGCCCGGGCCUGGAGGCGAGCUCGCGAGGCUGGAGGAACCGUCCGUCGAAGCGCCGACACGGAGUGCCGGGGCCGACGGGGGCCCUCCAUGGCAAGCCACGAGUGCUGUUCGGUCAGGUGUACAUUCGUGUUGUGCAUGGACAGGUCAAACCUGGAGCUCAGACCUCCUCCGGGGUACUGGAACAGCUGUGAAGCCGCUCACAGCGCACCGAAUUCGGCCCGAGCCCGGUCCGCCUUUGACUGUGCUUCCUCGCUUCCACGGAGCUCAGAACCGACCCAGAGAGGCGCCAGGCCCAUCAGAAGGACCGAGGACACUCACCGGAGCGGCCAGAGCCCACAGCGUUACUGCCUUGGAGAUCCAGAGAACCAGAGAGAAAAUCUGGAAAAACGGCUUAAAAUGCUGGAAAAAGCCGAAAAAGGGGUCUGAAUCGGCCUUAUCUGAGCUCCAAAAGACCCCUAAAACCUCUCUGGAUCAAAACACUUUGUCAUUUUUCGCUCAAAGUCCUCUUUUUUUACUCUCUCCUAUAAUCCCGCCGGUGGGAUUUUUCUCCGUAAGGUCUCGAAAUCCCGUCUAUUGCCGAAGCCUUGGUGAAGCCCCGAUUUUAGCGGGGAUGGGCAAUGGUUUGGAGGUCCGCCAAACUUUCGACGGUUAUCACGGCUUCUGUGAACCGUUUAGAGACGACUCCGCCGCACAGGGCCCUUCUCUGGACCGCGGGCUGUCGGCCCAUGGUUGAUUUUGGCCGAAAAUAUGCAUUUUUGACCGUUUUGACCAAUUAUGGUUUUCGACUUAUAAUUCCGCCUACGGACGUCCCAGAGGCCAACCGACCACACCAGAGGAUUCUCCGGACUCUGGCCUUUCCGGCAAUAUGCGGCUUGCCCCGGGGAAAUGCGUUUUUAAAAAAAUUUAUGGAGGUCGAAAAUCACCGGGGCCUCCGGAGCCCCGAGGCCGACGACAGUGAGGUGCUGCGGAUACGGCC